CCCGGCUCAUUCCACAUGCUUACUGGCAAGCCUAUCCGGCAAAUUAGAGGUUCCCUUCGUACGUAACGGAACACUACGGAAAAGCACAUCUAUCUCUACUUGGUCGUUUUAUUGGAUAGAACAAGUCAUAUAAGCUUGCCCUGAUCCACAACCCGUGCGGGGAAUUGACUACUUAAUGGGAGCCACCUCUUGCUUGUUCCGUUCUGUUCUGUUCCGCCCCGUGCUACGCCGUUCUUUCCUGUCAACGCCAUCACCGACAUUAGCCAGCAUGGACUCCGCUCAGAAAACCACAGACUUCCUAAGAAGACUCGAGCAAGUCCUUCUUACCUUCGGCUCAAGGGAUCCAGCACCUCUAAAUUAUCUUCAAUCUCAACGACUUCAAAAAUGGAAAGCUUUGCUGAGUGGUCCGACUCUUGCAAAGUCAAGAACUCAAAAGCACAUACAGAGACAUGCGAGGCAGUUUGCUUCCAAGAUUUUCAAGAUCGCUGGUCGCGAGACACUUUACCUUUGCAUGACUGAAUAUUCUGUUUCAGGUCUUCCGAAGAUCAAGUAUAGCGGUUUCUAUUCAGCAAUAGAAGAAUGGGGCCAAAGCGUGCGAUUUCCAGAGCUCUUGACAAAGAAAACUUCCGAGUUCUGGGAAACAAUUGAUAUACUACGGGGUGAGGUAUGGGCACCUGAAGGACAGUCUUAUUCAGAAAAUAGUUCCCCUGGAAGGCGUCUCUCCUACGAAGGUAAUUUCCCCCCAGUGAGAAGCAAUUCUGGAAACUUAUGGUGAUGACUAACAUAUUAAGGCCAACAUCAUGAUCCUGAGGGUGACAUGGAGUCUAUCGAGAGCGUCAUUCAAACGAUGCCCAAUCCCGGAAUCCGUGAUGCAACUCAACCACGAGGGACUGCAGAAAAUAACAGCAUGCAACGCUUGAGUAUGUACAACAGAAACGAAUCCCUCUUCGAAACAGGAAAACCACUCGAGGUGGCAUUUG